CUGCCCGGCUCCGCCGCCGGCGGCAGGGCGCCCCGGGCCCCGGGCCGGCAGGGCGCUGCGGGCGGCAGGGCGCUGCGGGCCGGCAGGGAGCCGCGGCCCGGCACGGCGCGGCACGGCGCGGCAGAGUCGGCACGGCGGCGCGGGAGGGCGGCUGCGAUCCGCCGCGGCCGGGAUGGGAGAUGGAAGGAGCCGGCGGCGCGGCAGAAGCAGUUGUGUGGGAUAAUGAUGUAUCAGCUCAUGCCCAGACUAUUGCCAAGGCUAAAUAUGAAUUUUUAUUUGGCUUGGAAGAAGAGAAGCCUUCAGAAAUGGGUAGUGGCCAUGGAAGCAACACUUUGCUCCCUCAUACCAUCAUCAAUGAAUUUCCAGAGUACGGCACUGUAGAGCCAAGUGGAGACACGCCGAGGACUUCAUCGCCGUGCCAGGCAGAGCCUGUGAGAUGCAGUCCAGAAAGACGGGACAAUCACUACUGGGUACCUGGCAGGUCCCUUCCUCAGCGUGCAGCUCCUGCAGACAAUUUGACACCUGACGCAGGGGCAGUGCGGCUGUGCUCCCCAGAAGAAGGUUUGCAACCUGCGGGUAACCUGCCAGAGAUUAUGAAAAUCUCUCGACAGCUGGAAGCAACAAAGGUGCAAGAGAGAGCAAAUACUUCUCUUGAUUCAGAGACGCAAAUGGAAAAAAAGAGCGUUACUGGCAGCCAGAAUGUGCAGGCAGCCAAAGAACCAGUUCCAGCAGGCCAAGAAAAACCCUCAGACAUGCUUCUUCCAUCUGAAAGAACAGCUGAGGAAAAAAUGCAUUUGAUCGUAGAGAAAGAUCUGGCUGCAAUAUGGACGGGAGAAAAGCAGUCCGAGUCCUUGAAAGCCAUCAGUAAUAAAGCCGAUGAGGUCCACGCAGCACAGGAGACAAGCUGUCAUAGACCAUCUGUGACAAACCUGGAAGCAGCCAGCAGAAUGGAGGGGUGGGCGCGUUUUGAGGAGUUUUCAGCGUACAGUCAAGGCAAAAUGCAAAUGGGUCCUGAGAGGAGGCUCUCUAAAGAGGCAGCUGUGAGCAAACAUGUAGAAUUUCAAGGGGUGGAGAUUUUAUGGCUGCAAAAAGCCGAAGAGCAGAGAAGAAAGAAGCACUCAAUGCUGGAGACUGUGUCUGUGGAGAGGAAGGCAUUCACCAAAACGUCCAGCCACCCUGCACCACCGAUGGUCUCCCCAGGCUUGGUCUCCUCGCCAGAGAGUGUUUGGAGUGAGGUCUGUGAGGACCCAAGGCUGGGACUCGCUGCCUCUGGAGUCACUCCUCUAGCACUGCCUGAUGACAGUGGGGAGGAUGAAGUUUUUGUGAAGGACAGGAAGAACCGUGGUGAGGAGGAGAUGGCUCUGCUAGCGAGAGGCCAGGGCAGGAUGAUGGAAGAGGGAGAAGCAGCCACAGGAGGAUACGAAGAUGUCCUUGGGCAGAGGCAUUCUGAUGUCUCCACUGAUCUGUACAGCUCACAGUUUGAAAACAUCCUAGACAAUGCGUCUUUAUACUACAGCGCAGAGUCGCUGGAAACAUUGUACUCAGAGCCUGAUAGCUACUUCAGCUUUGAGAUGCCACUCACUCCCAUGAUCCAGCAGCGCAUGAAGGAGGGUGGCCAGUUUUUAGAUCGGACAUCAGCCUCGGGGCAGCCAGAUGUCUUGCAGCUUCCCCCUGAUGGAGAGGUGAAGGGCUGUGGAGAAGGCAUCACCAAUGGCUUAAGGGAUGUAAGCGCAACACUCUUCAGAGGAGAUGUCACAGAAGUACCUCAUUUGGAAAGCAAUGCUGACCUGCAGAAUAUGGUGUUAGACUCCAGUGCUGCCAUGGGGAGCAAUGAACUUCAGGAGAAAGGUGCUACCGGAGCCCUUGGCCACGAUCUUAGCAAUGGCGGCAGCAGCAGCAGCAAUUUGGAAGCAGCCAGGCGCCUGGCUAAGCGCCUCUACCAUCUGGACCGAUUCAAACGCUCUGAUGUGGCAAAGCAUUUGGGUAAAAACAACGAAUUCAGCAAGCUUGUGGCCGAAGAAUACCUUAAGUUUUUUGACUUCACAGGCAUGACGCUGGACUACUCACUCAGGAGCUUCUUUAAAGCCUUUUCACUGAUCGGAGAAACUCAGGAACGAGAGAGAGUUUUAAUCCACUUCUCCAGCAGAUACUACCAGUGCAACCCAAACACCAUUUCUUCUCAAGAUGGAGUUCACUGUCUCACAUGUGCUAUGAUGCUGCUGAACACAGACCUCCAUGGCCACAACAUUGGGAAAAAGAUGACCUGCCAAGAGUUCAUUGCUAACCUCCAGGGGAUGAACAACGGCAAAGACUUCCCAAAAGGACUGUUGAAGGCCCUCUACAAUUCGAUCAAGAAUGAGAAGCUGGAAUGGGCAGUGGAUGAAGAAGAGAAAAAAAAGUCUCACUCAGAUGGUACAGAUGAAAAGGAUAAUGGGAACCAGACGAAGGCUGUCAGUCGAAUUGGCAACUCAAAUAACCCAUUCCUGGACAUCCCUCAUGACCCCAAUGCUACUGUGUAUAAAACUGGAUUUCUGGCUCGGAAAAUCCAUGCAGAUAUGGACGGGAAAAAAACUCCCCGGGGAAAGCGGGGCUGGAAAACCUUUUAUGCUGUGCUGAAGGGAACGGUCCUGUACUUGCAGAAGGAUGAAUAUAAGCCAGAAAAGGCUUUGUCAGAGGAAGAUCUGAAGAAUGCAGUUAGUGUGCAUCAUGCGCUGGCAUCCAAGGCAACAGACUAUGAGAAGAAACCCAAUGUCCUCAAGCUUAAAACAGCAGAUUGGAGGGUCCUGCUUUUCCAAGCCCAGAGCCAAGAAGAAAUGCAGACCUGGAUCAACAAAAUCAACUGUGUGGCUGCUGUCUUCUCUGCACCACCAUUUCCAGCAGCAAUUGGCUCUCAGAAGAAGUUCAGUCGCCCGCUCCUGCCAGCAACCACAACGAAGCUAUCUCAGGAUGAACAGCUGAAGUCCCAUGAAGCUAAGCUGAAGCAGAUCUCCACUGAACUUGCUGAACAUCGCUCCUAUCCUCCUGACAAGAAGGUCAAAGGCAAGGAAGUAGAUGAUUACAAACUGAAGGACCACUAUCUGGAGUUUGAGAAAAAUCGCUAUGAGAUUUACGUUGGCCUUCUGAAAGAAGGGGUGAAGGAGCUGCUGAGCGGAGGAGAGAACGAUGCACCAGGACUGAAGAAAUCCCACUCGAGCCCUUCAUUGAAUCAGGAGUCUCCAGUCAGUGCCAAGGUGAAACGCAAUGUCUCGGAGAGGAAGGACUACAAGCCAGAAACACCCAGCAUUAAGCAGAAGGUCACUUAGGAUGGAAAUGACAACUAGGGGAACAGCCAUGCAGCAAAGUACCGGUGGUCAAAAUUUUUUCAUUUAAUAACCUGUCAUUCACAAAAAAUAAGUGCAUCUGCCUGAAUGGGGUGUUAGUGACAUUUUCUAUUGUAUAUUUUGCUGUUUCUGUGCAGAUUGUGGGAGAUGUCUUUGCUCCUGCUUUGCUUUGCUUUGUUAAUUUAUCAUUUAGCAGUUGAAGCAUCGGGACUUUUUUGUGUUGUUCUGUUUCUAAAGGAGCUGGGGGAGGGGUAGAGCGCUGUGACGUAUAUUCUGUCUCUUCCCCGUUUAUCUCCUCCCAUCGGCAUGUGGCUUUCAUAUCUCAAGUCACUUGUCACUUUAUUUAUGUGGUGGGUGGGAAAAGUAACUGGACAAAUGCUGCAGUGCUGUAUAUGCAGGCUGUAGCUGUGAGAAAAUCUGUGGGAAUGGGCAGCUGCAGAAGGCUGGGAAGAGCCUGGGAUGCUGGGAAUGCUGGUUUCCUGACAAUACAGAGCAUGUUAGUACUGGUACUUAGCAGCAGGUGCUACAGUAGUCACUGUUGCUUGUCGUUAUUGCAUUGACCCUGGACCCACGAGUGUAAACGAAUGAAACCUGGGAACCUCUGGCAAUGCUGGGAUGACAGCAUUGCAAUAAUUCGUUUCCUUCCAAGGAGAGUCUUCUCCUGAGUUAGCAGGCUGGGAGGUAUCCAAAACUGUGCUGUCUUUGCAAUCAAAGAGAUUAGGGAUUACCCAGUCAGAAUGAAUACCUGGGCUUUAAAUUUGUUUGUGCAGGAGGCUGCUGUAGAUGUCAGCCAUCAGCAUUGUAUUUUAAAGAUAAAGGGCCUCUGUGUAGUUUUUAACUAUACGCUCUCACUUAGCUGCUAUAUAGAGCCUUAUGAUCUAUUGUGCCCUGAUACUCCCCUGUCCAGGAGUUUCCUUGUUGAUGUGCACAGAUAGGUGUUUGCAAUUCCUGUGCUAGUGACAAAGCAUUUUGCCUUUUCCCUUCAGGAAGGGAUUCUCCUCAGCUCUCCAUUUUCCUGCUUUGGCUCCCAUAGGCGGAAGAGGCUGGUGCAGACUGGAGAAGGGGACAGAUGUGUCCUCACUGCAGGCCAGUGUGAUGUUGGCCUGGCUACUCUGUGCCUGGAGUAGCCUCACAUCAGCCUCAGCUUUGGCAGAUCCUACGCUGCACCUGCAGGGAAGCAGCCCGCCUUCCAGCUCACGUGUACUCUGUACCAGGCUUUCAGAGAGAAGCACAGGACAGGGAAAGACCACUGUGAGUAGAGCUUUCCAUACCUGAAAGCCCUGUUUGUGCCACAGACCCUUGGGGUGGCCAGCAGUCUUUAGGCACAGGGAGUAGAAAGAAAAGAAGAAAUAAUUUUCCUACUUCCCAGCCCUUCUUGCCUGGGCAGCAUCAUGGCUCUGCAGAGAGCGCUGGCUCACCUGUUACUUAACACACUGGGUUUUAAUCUCAGGUUUGAUACUGGUCCACUGGGUGAGCUCGGACAGGUCUCUCCCAUUUUGCCGCACCCUUCCCCUGUAUGGAGUAGUACAACCGAACUGGCCUUUCCCACAGAGCACCUUGGGAGGUAAUGUUGAGGGCCAGUUGAAAUUUGUUUGUUGCUGUUAUUUUUGUUGUGCCUGGCACAGGACAGAUUUCCUGAUGGAUGCAAUUCUUAACGCAUAUAUAAACAUCAAGAUCAAUGCAAGGGCUGUUUAGAAACGUGCUGGUGUUUCCAGCCGAAGUAGUCAAAGGGCCACACAUCAAAAAAAUUACUGCCUGAGUGGGUUUGUGCUUUGCCAGACUUCCCAAAGUCAGUUAAUCUACCUUAUUGAAUUGCCAGUCUUGUGGGCAGGACAGGGAGUGAUGAAAGAGAGAAGGACCUUAACAGCCCUGUGUGACUUGCCUCCCCUGCUGAGGAGCGCUGUGCGACAGCUUUCCUGGUGUUGUGCUCGACAAUGGCUGUAAUGGAGAUGCUGCGGUCUCAGAUGGUGGGAGGUAUUGAAGCAAAUCAAUCCUUGCAGUUGCAGUCCAGCAGCAAAACCACAUGGGACUGUUUCCACAUAUGAUGCUGGGACACGCGCGCUCACAUCUGGCAUCUGCCACUGAAAGUGGCCACUCUGCGCUAGAAGUCAGGAGGUUGGCCCUAACCCAGGCAACACUGCUAAAACUGCAGAGUCCCCAGCAGAAACAGCCACUGCUUCCCAAGCGCUGGGGCUUCGGAAGUUGUGCAUGCUUACUACAAUAGAGCAAAAUGUUCAGUCCUCUUCCUGAAGAAGAGAGAUGCUUUCUGCUGCUGGAGCCAAAGUGGUGUGGUACAGCAUGCUAAGUUAGGAGACUCAGUGCAGACAGGUGCAUGAUAGUGCUCAUUGGGAGGGGUUCUUUGAAUUAAUCAAGUGUGGUAGAUCAACAGCUCACAGAGGGGAAACAAAGCCAGAUCGCUGCAGCUGUUCAUCAUGCUCUGGUGGUUUAAAACAAACAAGCAUAAGAGAGAGAAGAAAUUCAUUUGGGGAAUGCCAAAUGCACAUUUGAGAAGAAAACUUGUUCGGUCUUAAAUAACAGGGUUAGGAAGCAUGCGGCAGAAACAAAAAAAAUUUGUGCAGAUUUGUAAAUGGGCCCUGGUUGGCUGUCAGGGUGGGGUUGUCUGGAUGAGCUUUUUCAAGGCAGGCUGGAACAUCCAGCAAACCUCUUGUGAUUACGGAGUGCAGUGCUUUAAAAGGCAAAGAGGUGACAUUUAACAUUUUUUCCCCAGCUUUUAAAAAUAUUCUGCAUGCUGUAGACUGCAGUUAAAUUGCUGAGCUCAAAAAGAAAUUAUUUCUCUAAAAUGCGUUUCCCAGCUUUGACACAGAAACUGGAUAAUUCCUCUUCAAAGUCAUUGCAGAGGAGAUGAUUCGAAGCAAUGGAAGUCAAAAAGUAAACUACAAAAAUGAUGAUUUUUUUUUCAUUUUUCAUUAUUUAUUCUCUAUUUCCAUGUAUACUUGUAAACAGCUUAGGGUAUAUUUUUUUAAGUCUCAUCUGGGCUUAGAAAAUGCAGUUUUUCACUGCGUUUUUUAGUCAUUGAACAUUUGUUGAGCUUGAAGUACUCUUGGUGAGACUGCUGAGGUGUGCAGAUUAGUUUACUGAGAAUUUGUCAGGUUCUGCUCAAGUUUUAAUUAACGCUGUUUUGCCCCGUUGCUUUACAAAUUCUAGGCAUCCUAGGCACCCAUAUGAAAAUGCACAUUUCAGAGGCAGAGAAAAAGGUGAUCCUGUUGUGAAUGCCUAGGGCUGUUCCUAGACUCCCUUAGGAAUGGGAUCAUUUAAUCAGCAGCACCAUAAUUUGCUUGCCCCCCAACCUUGACACCCCCCACCCCACCCUUGUAAAGGGUGGGGGCAGCUUCUCAGGAGGUCAGUGGUGCAUCUUCUUGAGUGCUUGAGUGGUACCACUGAGAGUCUGGCCAAGUAGCUUUGCAUGAGACCCAGUACCUUGCCUUUCUUUGCUGAAAUGUUUGCCUUUAGCAGAGACCAGUGCUUGACCUCAGUGAUUCAGCAGCUGCUGUUGCAUGCAGUAUGCAAGGAUACUCUGCUGAUUUCCAGCCCUCCUCUGGGACACACCAUGCACCAGAACUUGGUAUCAGCAGAGCAGCCUGCCGCUUUCCAGGGGGGCUCAGUGUGAGCAGGACUUACUGGCAGAUCACUACAAGCAUGUGUGUGUAACCCAGCCUUUGUGUCAGUGAUGCAGGGAGGCGUCAUCCUUCCUUGUCAUCCUCCCUCCUGCAGUGUGCAACCAUUGCUCAAGCAAAGCCUUGCCUGCAUCCCCCCCUCUCAAGAUGCAGGCAGAGGUCAUGGAUGGAUCCAUCCUACUCUGAAGCAUUGCUGGUUGCUAACCCUCCAGAGGCUGGACCAUCUCCUCUCCUUGACUGAGGGAAGAGAGGCAGGAAAAGGUCUCGCUGGGUUUGUUGCACCUCACAGAAGAGGGGUUAAGGAGAAGGGCAAAACUGCCUUCCCCCUCUCCCCACUCAGUGACCAAAGCAGGUAUGAUACUCUCCCAAAGCCAAAACCACACUCUUCUCCAGGAGUCACCAGGAUGCAGGGAUCUGGUUGAGAUGGUUUUCGUUCAGCAGCAGCUGCUAAAAGAGUCUCUUUGGAGCGGCUGUGUGUUUGUGUGCGUCCUGCAGAUAAAUCACGCAUGGACCAGUGAACAUGACUACAGCUUUUAAAUCCAGUAUUUAUGUUGUGUCUUUAAUUGAUGUAGAGAGAUAAGUCACCCAGCAGAGUGAUUAAUGCAGCGGAGCUGUGGGGGAACGCUGUUCAGCUGCGACGCUGACUCAGACAGUUUUUUCAUCUGUAGCCAGCCACUUGUAAAUGGUUACCAGAAGCUUUUUAAGAGCUUGUAACAGCUCAUCACUUAAGUGCUUUCCCUCUGAUCCCACCUGCUCCCAGGGUGCAGUCUGUCCACUUUUGGGGGCUCUCCUGGAGAGCAGUGCUGAGCACAGCCCUGCUUUGAGCAGGGGUUUGGACUAGCAGACCUCCAGAGACCAGAAUUGUUCAGUGAUUUUUCACAGCUACAGUGCCUUCUGUAGUUCUUCUGGCUUGAAACAGCCAGUAUUUUUGUCUUUCUCCAGUGCAGGAGUGAGGUUCUUGCUUCAUUAGAGCAGCCCCUUCCGUGAGGAGGUGGUUGUGGCAGUGGAGAAAGCCAAAGGCGGCAGGGUUAUCACUGGGCUUCUGGAGGCAUUAUAUGGCAAUGUUCUUGAAAGCGGGGAAGGCUUUUCUCUGCAGACAGCAUACCGCUUACCAUCUCUGCAUUCUCCAUCCCUAAAUCAAUUUUGGCCUUAUCACAGUCUGACAGCUCCUCCUCCUUUUCUGUCAAGCUGCUCCUGUCUGUCAUCUUAGCACCUCAGCUGCUUCUGUAUAACAGGUCUCUUUCCUUCCAUGCUUACAGCAAUCUAGAAAAUUUGACUGUCCCAUCUUGCCUUGAGAAAAUCUGCCCUGAAGCAGUACUGCAUUGAAUGGAUAACCCUGUGAACAGCUUUUUCAUUCUGCUCGUUGGUAGCCUGUGUUUCCAACCACAGUUAUAGCUGGGAGGUGCGAGACGGAGUUGCAGACUGCCAUGAUCCUCUAGCAUUACGCUGCAGGGACACAAGGUCCCCCCUCCCACACUCAAGACCAGACAAUUGAGGCAUUCCUAGUCUUGUUUCCAAAAGUCUCAGAGGCAGAGGCUAUAGGCACAGGCAACCCAUGCUGUGGUGAAACUUUGAAAUGCUGUUUUGCAAGGAGCUGGGUACUUUCCAAAUCAAAUGGCCAUACAUUUUGCAGCCUUUUGGGGAGCUGUAAAAAAUGUUUAAAAAGGAAGGAAAAAAAAAAAAAAAGAGAAGCCAUUUUCAACCAGUGUCCCCCAAGCACAGAGAAGUUGUAUCCAGGUUGUUAGAAACGCCAGCUGCUUUUGCAGAGACAAAGGCAGUAUACACACUUUAUCUCAAGCAAUGUUCCAGCUUGUUGCUUCUUUAAAAUUUUUCCCACUGUUGCCCUCUCCAAGGCUCUGGGAUGUCACAUCAGCUCUGAGAGGGCAGUUAUGAAGUCUACAUUUCUCCCCAGAGCAUGACCAGAGCUCCCCAGCUUGUGUUCCCAGCAUCCGAUACCUAGGCUGCCUAGAGGGGUAAACCAACAAAGCUGUCUCAGAAAUUGCUUUGAAAGAGCUAGUCUCCAGCUUGUGCUUUUUAGAGGAUAUUUUUAGUGCAUAUAGGAAGCAGUAUGCCUGGCCUCUCCUCUUCUCUCUCCCAGAGCUCUCCCAGCAGCAUAGGUGUAGUAUAGUGAGCUGCUUCACCUGGAGCUUCACUCUGUGGGGCCUGAACAUUUGCUCCACCAACAAGAGGCUUUGUCAGCAUCCAGAAAAUGCUAUCGAGAGAAGUGAUACCACCUAAGCUGAGCACCAGUGCGCAGGACAAUACUUCCUUUACAGUCAGAAAACUAGUGCCACCCUCUGUGCUUGGUGACCUGCUGGGCACUGUGUGCUUGAGCAUUACCCUCAGCGCUGGGGGUAAUUGGAAAUGCUGGCUUCCUUUUUCACCUGCAUUGUGCUUGUUGAGAGACUGUCCCUACCACCUGCUGCUUUUCUUCCUUGUGACAGCAGCACCCUCAUCCAGGGAUGCCACGUUCCUGUUGUAAGGUGGCUGGUUUAAAUAAGAGCAAGGAGGACAGGUCCUGGGGAAAUGUGUAUCUGCUCUCCUGUUGGCAACAUCCAGUUGAACAGUGAAAGGAGGCAGCCUCAGCACUCUGCAAGGUACCUUGGAGAGGAUACCUUGCUUGUCUAUUUUGUUAGCUGCAUUGAGGCUGUAUUUUAAUUACUAGAGCAGUUCCCUUAGCAAAUGCAAGCAACAGCUUUCCAUGACUUUGCUGCAUGGUCAGAAGGAGCAAAUUUAGGCCAGCCCAAAGCGUUCCCUGUGCUACGCUUUGAGCAGUGAACUACUAUGUAAAAAAUGAGGGACCUCCCACAGCAUCUGCUGUUAAAUCUGUGCCAGGAAUCAGCUGGGGUAUAGGCCAGAGGUUUAUUUGGACUGAGGAAAAGUACAUCACUUAGCAAUGCAAGGAUUGAAAGUGCUACAGACUACAAGGGCAGGAUUUUUCACUGACAUAAACCACUGUAAUUGGUAGCCACUCUGAAGCAGUGGUCCUGUAUGUAAGUCACUUAAAUGAAACCAGCACGAAAAGUUACUUUUUGUCUAAGCAGGCAAGAUUUCAGCUUCUCCUUGGGUAAGUGAAUAUCCUGGUGUAACCACAGAGCAGCUAGCUAAGCUGCUGUGGAGACUUGUUUUACACAAAAAACCUCCCCUGAGCCUCUUGCUGGGAGAAGGGAGAUGGAUGAUACCCAGUCUAUGUCACUGUACAGGGCAAACUGACAGUGAUAUAAGUCUUAAAUCACUUAGACGCUUAUGAAAACCUCAUGUUAAUGCUGUCAAAUUCUGAAAGGCUGUAGGAUGAGAACAGGGGUGGGUUGUGUGCUGGUUUUUUUUAAUCUGUACAUAUUCAUGACAAAUAUGUCCUCUUACUCAAGGUUGGGAUUAUAACUUGGCUAAAACAAGAGAGUUUUUUGGCAGUUUGGUAACUUUAAAACCACUACUCUUUGUAUGAGGUACAGUCUGAGACUUAUAUUACUUGGUGAACAUGUUUAAGUGAUGCCUAUAGAUGUGUGUACAUAUUUCAUAGGUAUAGUACGGCUUCUGUGGCUCAGCACUCCAAAGCCUGCUGUUCUUUUCUGAGGCCUAUUUUGGUCAAAGCACUUCAGCAGCUGCAGGCUUUGUUAGGAUGCUUGUUGUUCUAGUUCUCUCAAAUUAGGUUAAACUGUCAUCAGAACUUUUACAGAUUUAGGGUAUCCCUUGAGCUGCGUUGAUCUCCAUGUGUUGUCCGCCAGGACCUGCCUGUUAUUCUGCACGUCAAAAGCAAAGGCAUAUAUUUGAGAGUCUAAGUAAGGAUUACUGGGUGGGAUUUUCUGCUAGCUUAACACUGGGUUGACUCUCUCCCUAUUGAUGUCACCCAGUGCCUGCACCGGGAGCAUCUGUGCUCACUUCUGAAAAUCACACUCCGGGGAUCUAAUACACAGCUUUACUUCUGAAAAUGUUGACCUCGCUCUGUGAAAAUUCAGCAAGGGGACAUCAUGUUCAAAAGUGUCCAAGGAGGACAGGUGCUUGUGAUGUCUCCUGUAGAUACGGCCGUACAGCAGUAGUGAGGGUUUCUUUCUGCAACUGUACAGAUUUUUGAAAGAAUGUCUGGCUCAUCAGCCGGGAGAAGAAGAGCGGCAGGGCUGAAGUAUCUCUGGCAUCUCAUAUGCCUCCCAGAGUUUUCCCUUGGGAGGUUAAAAAAACUUUUUAACAAGUUGCUGGUCUAAGUAAAAAGACGUAUGGAAACCCAGUGGGUUUUCCUAUUGUGCUCUAGUCAGGGCAACACUAGCAUUAUCUGCAUUAUCCCUGGAAAGGGAAAGCAAAGCCUGAGGGUAGGUUUCUUACCUGGAGUCAUAAAACUUGUCAUUCAGUUAACCUUGAAGCACUUGAGCAACCUCAGUGAAGCCAUGCCUUUGUACUUCACUGGACCAUGGCCACAGUGAUUGUGUUUUGCAGAACUGAGACAUGAGUGGACUGUAGCUCAGGAUAAAAUGAAGAGGGACAACCCCAUCACCUUGCUUUGGGCAAGCUGUAAUCCUGCAAUCCCUUUUCAGGCACAGAGCUUCUCCCUUGGGUUACCUGCCUCCCAUGGUGAUAUAGUGGGAAGAUGAUGUGAGCACUGUCACACUCAGAGGCACAGCUAGAAAGUGUCAGUUGCCCUCCACCUGAGCUGCUGCAGAGUUGUUUUUCAUUAUGCCAAGAAAGGGGACUGAAUUUUCAGUUAUUGUUGCAUGAUACUCAGCAGGGAAGAGUAACUCUUGGUAGUGGUAGUGCACAAGAACAUUUUGCACAUGUGUGUACACACACCCUGUGCGUCUCUUAUGUGCAGACCUAAUCUUACAGGGCCUGAGAGCAGUCCUUGCAAGACCUUUCCUGUCGGUGGUCUCUCAUCCCUUUUGCCAAGUGUAGGAACCUUCUUUCUGAUAACCUCAAAUGUGGUUUACUUUCAUCACUGAAUCGCUGGUGUAUUUUUCAUGCAACACACUAGAGACGCAGUCCCGGUCUCACUGCUUGUGGUAACUUCUUGGUCUGCUGUGAAGCAGCAUUGAGGUAGUCACUAAAUCUUUUCCAGCGGCGUGAAACUUGCUGCUCUGACUCUUGGCAUGGUCAUUGUCUUGGGUUUGAGGCUGUCCCACCACCAGGGCACCCUAUUUUGUCCCUGGGAACAUGCAUGGGCAGAAAAGCAUACUCCUCAGUGAUCAGAGUCAGAGCUGUGCAGACUUAAGUCAAGCCCUUGUUCAUGGGAGAUGUGUUCACGUGCUGCUGAUGUCCAUGAGGACUCAAACAUAUACUUGCUUACAGAGAUGCUUUCCUGAAGCAGAGUUGUCACUCUUUUCUACAGAUACUACAGGAUGCCCUCCCUUAUUCUGCUUCAUGUAACUGGUACUAGAAUGAUCAUUUCUUGAUAAAUGAAGGCACUUAAUCAGUCCUCUUCCCCUUGGAAGAAGGAUUUUUGGGGAUAUUGUUAUAUCAUUUAAAAUAAUAUUUUGGAUUUUAAGUUUACAUUGCUUUAUUUUUCACUUGAGGUGACUGUAUAUAAAUAUUUUCCUCUAUUUUAUCAUUGCUGAUAAAGUAAGCCUACGGUAUACAGAUAAAUAAUUUGCCUUUGAUGUAUUGAAACUGUGAGAUAUAAAGUAGACUUCUCUCUUGUGUCCAUGUUCCUGACGAUAACUCUGUUCCUCUGUGUUUUUAUAAGUUGGAAUAAAUGUUGCUUACGGGCAACAGAGAGCCUGCAAGCUUCCCAAGAAUUUUUAUGUAAUUGAAAUCAAGCAACCCUAGUGAAGGAUCUCACAUACGUAUAACAAUAUAUGUAUAUGUACAAACUUUAGAAAGAAAUAAACCAAAUGUAUUUCA